UUCCAGAAAGAGUAGCUCUUUGAAAAGGAAGAAUGAAGAUGCAAGAAGAACUGUAGAAUCGACACAAAGAAGCGCUCCAUCGUACAAAACAAGCAGAAGUGCAACCAGUGGAUCCUCUCAAGGACAGCCAAAGUUCUAUGACAUCUAUCUUAAGUUUAGUCAAGACACGGAUGAUGUACAUAAGGUGAAGGAUAUCAUCCGCAGGAAUGGCUGGACGAUGAUGACUGCUGCCGACAGCAGGCUUGGUGUCCCGAAAAUGACCAGUAUCGAGGACGCCCUGAAGACCUGUUCCCACGUGGUCCUUAUAAUCACGAAGGAGGAUUGCGAGAAGAACGAUCCAUAUCAGACCAUGAUGAUGGGGAUGGCAUUUCAGUCGACGGUGGGCGGGAGUUUGAAUGGCCGGGUGAUUUCAAUCCGAUGCUGCGAGGAGAGUCAUCUUCCGUUAUCGCUUCAGAGUUUGGAAAAUGCAUGCAUCAAUGAUCACUCUCUAGAGGACAAACUAAAGAGGACCAUUGAUGUUAGCAUCAAGAAGAACAAAGAAAGAUCAUCAGUGGGUACUAGCUCCACGUUGCCAAUAGAAGGAUCCAUUGCACCUCCAGUGUCCUCUGACCUCACCACACAGCCUCUGGCAGCGGCACGGGUUGCAUCAGAGGAUGAGCGGAUCUUCCCGCGAAUCAACGAUCGGCCAGCUGUUCCAAGCUCCUCGGUGAACAUACAUGGGAAUGUUUUUAACAUCGGCUCCAUGUAUGUUACAGGGAGACAUGAUCUUGUGCCGCCGCACCCAAUGAUUAUCCCCCUUGUGGUACGGCACGAGCUGAGUAAACUGUUGAACGGUCCCCGUGUUACUCAUGACGACUGGAAGGGACUUGCUAGUGCCUUGCGAUUGGAUGACUACAUCGCUAGUCUGACCAACAAGCCAGACCCAACAUCAGAUCUGAUUGACCUGGCGGAGAGACAGAAGAAGAUUUGCAGCCUCGAGGAUCUGAGGCUCACUCUGAAGCAGAUGAAGCGCGAUGAUUGUGUGGAUGUUCUUGAUGCCGGAGCAUCGGUAGAGUCAAACAGCCGUCUUAUGAUCAAAGAUCGGGACAGAAGUAGCAGUUCUAGUGAUGACAGUUACAAUGAAUAAGUCUCUGGAUUGUGAACCACGUGGUAUUGGCUUUGAAUCCCUGCCACAGUAUUAACGUCCUUUGGUAAGACGCUAAUCUACAUUUGCCACACUCAACCCAGGAGAGUUAAUUAGGUUUUUUGUAGGUUUAUUCCUUUAAAUGUACUAUCCGCUGAUAACAGCUGCUGGAGCUAAGCCCAGGGUAUAUAUUCCAAAGCUGUCUGAAAGCGCCUAGGACGUUUUAAUUUGGUGUGCGCUUUACAAGAAUGAAAUAUGAAUAUUAGCAUUGUUUUGUUCAGGUACCGGAAACUAAGUACAUUACAUGGUUAUUAAGGGAGCUUCGUGAAAUGUAUUGUCUUGGAAAGAUGCACCUGAAACGCAAAAGGACUUACUUAUAUUAUAGUUUGUCAUGUCUGAUAAUGAAUGACUUGAUAGAUUUAUAUGUUUUUAUAUACUGUAUUUUACAUUUGUAAAACAUUGCCCAAUUCGGCCUUGUAGGCCGCGAUGCAUUGUUGUUCUUUUAUUCUCAAUAAAACCAUUAUCUAUCUAUCUAUCUAUCUAUAUCAAGAUAGUGCAUGUGUAACAGUUUAAAGGCUUCAUAUCAUAAAGAUUUGAUUCUACAUCGGAGUGAUAACAUUACAAAUUUUAACAACUAGACAUAUUGUGUCCCCCGUGCGGACUCGUCUUUCCUGCCCACUACAUGAAUCUAAUGUACGAUAGUGUGCACACUAUCAUAAUUCAAUUUUCACAGGUAUCAUGUAUAGAAAAGUGCAUUUACAAAUAACCAGAAGUAGCUGCCUAUAUUUGAUAUUUGGAAAAAGUGAUACCUAUUUUUCGGACCUUCAAGCUACGUUUGCACAAUUGAUUUUCCUCUUUUUGUCUAAAACUUGUGUGUACAAAGUGUACAAAUUACAAUUGAUUCCUAACUUUCCAAUUUUUAGCUGUAACAAAUUAGUAGGUAAGACAUGAAAUGAUAGUUAACAGUUCAUGUUUAUUCUUUUGGAUCUUAUCAUCGUAGAUUAAUCUGGGUUUAAAUUUUUCUUUUAACUCAGAGAUUGAUUUGUUGAUGUUGUAUUGUGCUCAAAAUAAUUAUGAAAAUGUUAUUGUAUAUAUGUAUGAUAUGUUGACGAGGGAAGCCGUGAAUAACAUGUUGCCAAUGUUCUAUUGAACUGCAUUAUCUUAGAUGCUGCUUAUAAGUAUCGGCAUGCACGGUGAUGUCGAUAUACAGUGGGCUUGCGGUUGUGCCAUGUGAGAGAGGGUGAGGAUUGGAGCCAUUCCUAAAGCCACUCUACCACCCAUCCUCUCCAACCGGUGCUAAGGUCCUCAUUGGAACUAUCGCUAAGAAAGAUAAUCAACAGUCUUUUUCAAGAAUAUACCAACAGUCCAUUUCAGGACUACACACACACUCGAGAAAGGAAGAUUACCGAGAGUCCUUUUCAAGACUCCCCAAUCCUCCCCUCCAAGUCCAAGUGAGCUUCCUUUUGUAAUGCCCCCCUCUACUGCUGGGCUUUAGUCAAAUUUUAGACCUUGAUCAGAUGACCAUAAAUAUGUUAAAGCUGUUACUCAGUUUGGGGGCCUGGGCUUAUUAUCUAAAACGGGGUUUUUUAUGAAUAAUAAAACGUGCUAAUUGCGUAAUAACUUUUUACAUGAAAGUUGUAUGAAUUCAAUCUUUUAAGAAUUGUAAUUUUGUAUGAGUAAUAUUUUUGAACAAUUGUGAUAUUUGUAAAUAUUUGAGCUUCCUGUUUACACCCUUUGGUAAAAUUUGUGAUAUAUUAAGUUCAUGAAUAUAUAUUUUGUUAACUCGUUGUAAGACAGGGCCCUGGUAUGUAGAACUAAUAUAAAAUAUUAUAUUUACAUGUUGAGAGUCAGUUUUGAUGAAUAAAUGUUGUAUUUUGUGCUUGCACAAGUGAUAAAGAAUUCAUGUGUUAGAGAAUCAUGCGAUACAUUUUCUUACGGGAUUGAAUGAAUAUUUAAUGUAUGAUCUCAACAAUGAUAUUUCAUCUCGCUUUUAUACUGAUUGAUGAUAUAUGUAGAGAAUUCAGAAGUUUCAGCAUUCCACGGAGAUAUAAAAAAAAUAAUAUGUUGUUAUUGCAAUGAAGUGGUUGCUAGUAGUGGAGUUAUAAUUGUCGUAGAGGGCGGCCGAAUGUAAACAAACAUGUAGAGAUAGCUGCGCUCAUGUGCACCGAUUAUCGAUAAACUGUGCUGUUGGUAGGGAUUUCUUUUGAUUAUCCUAGAUGUUAUAAUAAGACACAAAGUAGUUGAUUACGAUUAAACAAAUUAUAUGUUACUACAUUUUUAGUAUAAAUGUCUUGAAGAAGUAUUUUAGCAGUGCUUAACAUUUUAUUGAGUUUGAACUUAAUUAUAUUGAUAGGCCUAUGUCAUACUAUAUGGGUUAUCAAUAUGACAUGCAGAUUAUGCUGUCAGAAUAGCCAGAAAAAUGCAUGGUCCUAUUGAUUAUCGCUGGUAUAUGCUGGCUGUUGAGGCAUCCUAUCCAAUGCCUACGUGUAGUGACUUGGCUGCUACUUGGUUUAUUGGUUUUUCUGCAAAUGUAUAAUUAUGACGUGGUUUAAUGCAGUAGUGUAAAUGUAUACUAUAUUUGAAAUGUAUUUCAGUACAAGAAAUUACUUGGUCUUUUAGAUAUGCACCUUGCUUGUAAAAUUGCUUUCUUUUGUAUAAUGCUUUGGUAAUAAGAAAUACUUCAGCAUUUCAAAAUGCACUUAUGAAAUUACUUCAGUUCAUAGCCAGAAUUUUAGUAAGACAAAUUGUGUUUGAUUGUGAUCAAAUGCUUUUAGAUAAUUGAUUUUUGUUAACAUUUCUAUUCAAAUUUAUUUCCAUUCGGAACUUAAGACAUAGUUUAUAUUAUCAGAGGGUAAUGAGUAAAGUUUAGUUAGAAUAGGGAAACAA